CACGGCAAGACUGUCGUCGACAGUAGCCUAAGCUAUAAGACAACUGUGGAUAUUAAUAGCCUCAAUUCUAUUAUUUGGAUUAUAGUGUAGCCUAAUAUACAGUAUAUAUAAUUUAUGUAUAGGUAGUGGUACGAAAUAUCUCUGUUUGUAGUGGUCUCAAGUAGGUCAGUGACAGUAAAGGGUGCAGCCAGAGAGAGUCAGUCAGUCCGGGCGGAACCGGACACUAGUCUGUCUGAUUCCGGUCAUGGAGCGCGUCCAGUAAACCCGAAUCAAAAUGGCGUCCGCCGGUCCAACCGACAUGGGCUUAUCUGCCCCUCCAGGGUCCAGCGGAGUUCGAAAGAUGACUAUUACGGAGGGGCCAGGAUCAUCUCAGAGUAUGAAGAAGACCAUUGGUCACCGAGGAGUUGACCCCACUGGAGAAACGACUUACAAAAAGACGACCUCCUCCGCCCUCAAAGGUGCCAUCCAGCUGGGUAUCACACACACGGUGGGCAGCCUCAGUCAGAAAGCUGAGAGAGAUGUUCUCAUGCAGGACUUUUAUGUAGUAGAGAGCAUCUUCUUCCCCAGUGAAGGAAGUAAUUUGACUCCAGCACAUCACCACGGUGACUUCAGGUUUAAGACUUACGCCCCAAUCGCCUUCCGUUAUUUCAGAGAACUCUUCGGCAUUCGACCUGAUGACUAUCUGUAUUCUCUAUGUAAUGAUCCUUUGAUCGAACUGUCCAACCCUGGAGCGAGUGGAUCCAUAUUUUAUGUGACAAGCGAUGAUGAGUUCAUUAUUAAAACAGUGCAGCACAAGGAAGCAGAGUUUCUGCAGAAACUACUGCCCGGCUACUUCAUGAAUCUGAAUCAGAACAAGAGAACGCUUCUCCCGAAGUUUUACGGCUUGUAUUGCGUGCAGUCAGGUGGAAAGAACAUCCGUAUCGUCGUAAUGAAUAACCUGUUGCCCCGCAGUGUGCCUAUGCACCAAAAAUAUGACCUGAAGGGCUCCACGUACAAGCGCCGUGCCUCCCCUAAAGAGAGAGAGAAAAGAGUCCCUACUUACAAAGACCUGGAUUUCAUCCAGGAGAUGCCUGAGGGCAUCCAACUAGAACCGGACAACUACAGCGCCCUCUGCAAAACCAUCCAGCGGGACUGCCUGCUGCUACAGAGCUUUAAGAUCAUGGAUUACAGUCUGUUGGUGGGGAUCCACAACACGGAUCAGGCAUGUCGUGAGCGAGCGGCAGUAGAGGGCGGGGGGUCCGAGGGGGCCGUGACACCAGACCACAGGAGGCCGCAGACUCAGAAAGCUCUGUACAGCACCGCCAUGGAGUCCAUACAGGGAGAGGCCAAAGGCAAAGGAACCCUGGAAACAGAGGACCAAUGGGGAGGAAUCCCAGCACGCAGCAGUAAAGGAGACAGAAUACUGGUUUAUAUUGGGAUCAUCGACAUAUUACAGUCAUACAGAUUUAUUAAAAAAAUAGAGCAUUCCUGGAAGGCCUUGGUUCACGAUGGGGACACUGUCUCUGUACAUCGGCCCGGAUUCUACGCUGAGCGAUUCCAGCGUUUCAUGUGCAGCACAGUUUUUAAGAAAACGCUAAAAUCUUCCCCCUCAAAGAAGAGUCGAAGUGGCUGUUCGAGUGUUGUGAGACGGCUUCCUAUGGGAAGCUCUGCUCCGGCCCCUGGCGGACAGACCGUUGCUGACGCCAGACUCGUGUACCGUUCUCACCUUAACCAGUCCGAUACAGAAGGAGAGAGCGGCAUGCAGUCGGGCAGACCGGACCUGCUCCAACAAACCGAUCCCAUGGCAGGAAGCUCUAGUGAGUUUGCAGCAUCAAAUAUGUCCAACUCCUCACAAGGCAGCACAGGAAUGGCAUCAUCAUCUCCUCCUCAAAGGUCAGUAGGGGUGGAGGUGCACAAAUCUGCAGUCACUGAGCCUGACAACAGCGCCCCCCACAGCUCUGGAGCCGAAUGCUUAGAUGAGCAGUUAAGCAACGAAGAUGCCAUUUCUCUCCAAGACAUCAUCCCAGAGACUGACAUUUGUUUUUAAGAGCAGAGCGAUGACUGAAGACGCAGCAUUUAAGCGAGAGAUGGACACACAGAAACUCAAGAGAGACGAAGGGCUAUGCUAUGAGCACUGCUAUGAUGGCGGUUUUCUCUCAAUGGGAGCUUGGGAAAGAACUCAACGUCCUCAGCACAAUGAAGUGUGUUUUAAAAGUGAGUGAGAAACAGGGAAUGAAGAAAAGCCAUUGAGCAAGGAGCUUUGAUGGCUUUUUCUCUUUCUCUUGCACAGGGAAAUGCUGCUAAAACCAGUUUCAACCACAAAGUUAUUGGAAAAUGGAUGUUACGAUCUCAGUCACAUUCUUUACUGCCUUUCUCUCUUAAACUUUUAAAACAGGGCAAGCAGGAUGCACAAACCAAUUUUAGUUUUCUCUGCCUAGCUAGUGCUGGGAGAAAAAACGUGUUACACAGUUGGCACCACUUUAUAUUAUCCUACGUUGCAUAAAUCUUUAUUUAUAUAGGUCUGUAAACCUUUUGAUUCUCUCUUAAAGUAACGGCUGCUAGCGCUCCAGU